GCUGAUCCAUAGCCUGAGCAUCGUUGCUCCGAAGAUGUUUCGCCCGAUAUUCGAUCGCACGAUAUCCCGGGCCUCGCGGAGAAAGGCCAUAGCCACAGAUCAUCCGCGCGCUUCGGGCACGGAGGAAAUGCACGAUGUCAUUGCGGUGAAAGUUACCGCAACAGCAUCCGUGUCGGGGACACGUUAUUCAUAUGUCUUUGCUGGGAAGCAGGUAGGUCACGCCGAAUAACUAUGAAACUUGCAAGCGAGGUAGCUUCAGAUCAGACAG